AUGUCGAGAUCUCGAUCGGUGUCCGGGGAUGUGGCGCAAGGCCGAAGAGAAGCCAGAGCCCACCAGAAGCACAAGAUUCCCACCAAACAGUACACCAGCAAAGACUGGAGGAGGAUGCAGGAUAUCAUCACGCAGCUCUACUGCGAAGAUAAGGUGACUGUGGCUGAAUUGAUCCGCCGCUUGCAUGGGAUGGGGUUCGAAGUUAACGAACGCAUGCUUCACACACGCAUUCGCAAGUGGAAAAUUGGUCGCAAUCAUAAAUCCAGCGAAAUGCGAAUGGCCGCUCAUCUUCUAGCGGAGUUUCUUGAUCAGCAACAGCAACAAUCGAACGCAUCAGGAUCUGGACCUAGUGUCACAACAGGCAAGCGUACUAUGCCGAGCUUCGACAUCCGUGGCGAGCGUGUCAGCUACAACGAACUGAUGCGCUACUUCCGGCGGAAGAAGAUCGCCGACCCCGUCUGCUGGGUCAAGGAGCAGAAAGACGGAUUGGACCUGAGCGAAGAUGUUGUCAUUGUCGUAAAUGCUGAUCCUGUCUCUGUCGGUCAAGCUAGAUCUUCUGAAGACGCGUCUGAUAGCGAGCACGAAGAGUUCGAGCUUUUUAUUGAGCAGGUCGAACAAACAGCUUCUGGACACGUCGCCGACAACUCCCACAUUACUUGUCCAAUGCCAAAUGAGCACUGCCUCGACGAGGGGUACUCCACCUGGGUGGGAGGCUUGCCGCAUACCAAUAUCACCAGCUCCUCUUUCUCAGUGCCAACUCUCUUUCGUCCACAGUCUUAUUACGCCAUUGAGCAACUCAAUCAGAACAUGAUGCUAUAUAUGAGCUCAUAUUUAUCGUCACCCGCCUCGAAGAGCGACCAAGAACCGGUAGUCCAUGCACAUACCGUUCAUGCGAUCUUUGCGUCUAAGAUGCAGGAUGGAAUCUCUCUUUUGGGCAAUGUCUCCCCACAUGCAGCAGAGUUAAGGAGACGACACCCAGAUACGAGUGCCGUGGAAGCUUUUAGUAGCUUUAGGAACGGUUUCUUACUGGUCGAAAACAUUCUCAAAGACCCCAGCCCAAUGUCACUUACACUGAUGCUGAGCAUAAUUUGCGAUCUGGCCGUUCGCGCGGCUAAACCGAGUAUGAUGUCUUCGCAUGUCGGGGUCAUUCUGGUGAAAUUGCUUGAAUACAUACGUGAAAUGGCGGCGGCCCCGAAGGUUUGUGGGCCUGGACACCCAUUGACCGGUUUCUUUGACAUCCUGGCACGGGAGUACAGCUCGCCAACAGUUUUAUCUUCUUCUGGAUCUCAGCCUGUGAUUGAACUCAUUCUGAACUCUCUCAACCUAGCAUUAGCCCAACUUGACCGCUCUUACACUUCUAGCUCUCCCACCACUCUAGCGAGAGCCCAGGAUUGGAAGCAGCUCUACGUGCGCGAACGGCUCUGCGACGCUCUCUACUACUGCGGAUCGUCCUACCAAGCCGCCCGCUUGAGGAUGCGGAGGCGGCUCUUUCAUGAUCAAGAAGCAAGAUACGGUCGCACUGCAAGGAACGUAUUAUGGACCUUGACCAACGUGGCAGACGACUGUCUCGCCGAUGGUGACGUCGAUCAGGCGAUUGGCUACUUUCAAGAUGCCCUUGACAGGGCAGAGACCUUGGUAGAUGAUUACGGAAGAGCGAAGUCGAGUUUUGCGGCUCGAGAGGGGUUGGGAAGGUGCUGGAUGCGCAAAGCCGAAAAGGCAGAAGCAGAAGCACUUUGGCAAGAAGAACAGAGUCGAGGACGAGUUCGUGCUGAGAAUCUCUUUGGCCCCGGCCACACUUCGCUGGACCGCAAUCCACAAACAAGCCCGAACUCUACAUGUUGCUCAUGCCACUGCCAUUCCUCUUCGGGGUCUCACCCGGCCUCCUCGGAGAGUAGCACUGACAACACGGGGACAUCGACGCCGACAUCAUCAGGGUCUUCGACUUCAAGCUCGCCAUUGCAAUCCAGUCAAGGCACGAGGUCUCAGGGGCCGACCGGCAACCACCAUCUUCAUCAACACAACUCGCGCAAUCGCCACCCGGAUUCACCCGCACACAAGCGCGUACAAUACCUCAGAAAGGCCUACGGCUACUUUGUGGACGCAGAGGACGAGGCACGCACAUACUUUGAGGCAUCAAGCCGACGGAUCACGCGGGUGAGUGCACGCCGGCAGGAAGUGGCGGACCUGCUGGGCAUCGUCGCGACGCCCGAGUCAAGCACCUGUUCAGGGUCCGGGUCCGGGUCUGAGGACGAGGGCCGCGGGAUGAGCGCAGACGGCGGAAGGGGCGGCGACAAACAUCAGUCUGGUGGUGGGAUGCUCUUCUGA